AUGGUCUUGAACUUCGCGAAGGCAUCCUCCUCCUUCUGCUUAAGGUCCUGGGGAAUGGCGUCGUCGGCGGCUUUCUCGGCGGCCUUCAUAUCUUGCCUGGCCUGGUCAAGCUCGGGUGAGAUGGCCUUUCGCUUGUCUUUGAGCUUCUGGACCGCGGGGCUAUCUGGUGCCUCAUUCUGGCGCCUGUCCAGUUCCACCAAAGCCUCGGCUCGGCUGAGAACGUCGGCCCGGCGAGGAUGUUGA